UUUAAUUUCUGUCUCCGUUGCACUGUAUUGAUUCACUGUCUCCUCCUUCCAGGGCGCAACGCUUGCUCGUUUCAUCUCUGCUGCCAUGCCACAGGUAGCACAGUACAAGGUCGCGCUAUGCCAGCUGCCGGUUUCCCCAGACAAGCACGGCAACAUCGCCCGCGCGCGCGCCCGCAUCGAGGCCGCCGCAACCGCCGGCGCCAAGCUCGUCGUCCUGCCGGAAGUAUGGAGCUGCCCCUACGCGAUGGAGACCAUGCCGAGCUACGCCGAGGACAUCGACGGCGGCCGGUCGCCGUCGGUCUCCAUGCUGUCGGAGGUGGCCGCGGCCAGCAAGAUCACCAUCGUCGGCGGAUCCGUACCCGAGGUGGCUUCGGGGCAGCUGUUCAACACCUGCUGCGUGGUCGGGCCUGAUGGGGAGAUCAAGGCCAAGCACAGGAAGCUGCAUCUGUUUGGAAUUGACAUCCCCGGAGACAUCAAUUUCAGGGAAUCCGAUACCUUCACUGCUGGGCAAGAACCCACCGUGGUUGACACAGACGUUGGACGGAUUGGGAUUGGGAUUUGUCAUGACAUCAGAUUUCCAGAACUGGCAAUGCUGUACCGAUCAAGAGGUGCACACUUGAUAUGUUACCCUUCUGCAUUCAACAUGAGCACCGGGCAGCUCCUCUGGGACCUUAUGCAGAAGUCCAGGGCUGUUGACAAUCAGCUGUUCGUGGCGACCUGCUCACCCGCACGAGACCCCAACUCGCAGUCGGACUUCGUGGCCUGGGGCCACUCAAGCCUCAUCGGACCAUUUGGCGAGGUUCUUGCGGCGGCAGGGCACGAGGACGCGACCGUCAUCGGCGAGAUCGACCUGUCUUUGAUUCGAGCUGUUAGGGAAAAUCUGUGCAGGGAGAACCUCCCUUUGGAAACGCAAGGCAGAGGGGAUCUGUACAGGCUGAUCGAUGUCCAAAGGGAAUGUUCGAGCUAGCUGCGCUGCUCGAGGAAGAGAUAAUAGGCCCCGUUCUGUGUUGGUCACACGAUGGGUUCAGGAAGACAGUUCGGGGUUUGCACAAUUGUGUAGUGGCAUGCAAAGGUUCGGGAUGCCUGUCUACCAGAACCCCGUUACUGAGGAUAUGUUCCUAUACCUUUUUUUCUAGUGGAUAUGUUCCUAUACUUGUAUUUGUUCUCUUAGCAUGAACUAUAUGUGGAUUGCCUUCAGAUGUUUGCUCUCCUAGAGAAAGGCAUGUGUAUUUGAGUAGUCCGGAUUCUACUAAAACCCGGUUACUAGGAGGUUUUUCCUUUUUGAGACUUUCAUAUUUGUUGUGUGGAUUGUGUGUAUCUUGGUAGGUGUGAACUUGUUGUAUUUUAAAAAAUAAAACUUACUCCUCCUUUAUUCACUUA